AGACUCAACCGAGCGGACAAGCGGGGGUGGAUGAGCACAUUAAAAUGUGUGGAAAGUUCAAGGAAGCGCGAGCCGUCCUUCCCGCACCCGACUCCGACCAGUCGGUACUGCGGUUCAAAAACACAAGGCGAGAGGAGCCGGUUCCAGUGGUUGUGUACGCAGACAUGGAGAGUUUGUUGGUUCGUGCCGAGCAACAAGUGUCCAAGUACUGUACGGUUACACAAGAUCAUCAGGCCAUGAGCUACUGUUUCUAUGUGGUACGCGAUUCUAAGGUGUUGCCGAAAAAUAUUUGCGAUGGACUACCAAACGAACCGGUACUGUACCGGGGACCGGAUGCGGCCAAACACUUUAUCACGACGUUGGUAACCAUUGGUAAACGCAUAUCGGACAUAAUGAAGGUGAACAUCGAUAUGACGGCACUGACACCGGAGGAACAACUACGUUUCGAUACAACGAAAAAUUGCAAGUUGUGUUCAAUUAGGUUCACGGAUAAAGUAAAAAAAGUCAAGGAUCACAACCACUGGACGGCUCGGUUUCGUUCCGUUUUGUGUAACAAAUGCAACCUGCAACGACGUCCACCGGCCUUUAUGCCGGUCAUCAUACACGGUCUGUCCAACUACGACUCGCACAUGAUUAUCCCAGAGUUGGCGUACGACGAUAAAAACAUAUAUAUCAUUGCACAGUCCGAAGAAAAGUACAUCAUGUUCAGCAAGACCAUAGAUGAUUAUUUUCGUAUCCGGUUCAUAGAUUCUUACAGGUUUCUACAAGCCAGUUUAUCUAAGCUGACCGCCACAUUGUCGACACCGGAUUUCGUGCAUACACACAAAGUGUUUGAAUCGCUGGAGUUGGUCACCCGAAAAUCUGUUUUUCCGUACGAGUACGUCGACUGUUGGGAGAGGCUCGAAGAAACACGAUUGCCGCCCCGUGACCAAUUUUACAGCUCGAUCACGCAUCAGACGGUGUCCGAGGAAGACUACGAACACGGUAAAAAAAUGUGGCAACACUUCAGUUGCUUUACUCUCGGUGAUUACAGCGACAAGUAUUUACUUGUUGACGUAAUGAUACUGGCCGAUGUGUUUGAAAAAUUUCGGAAGGAAAGUCUGACAAAUUAUAAACUCGAUCCCGCACAUUAUUUUUCGUGUCCGGCAUUAUCGUUCGACGCAAUGUUGAAGUACACGGACGCAUACAUUGAACUAUUGACGGACCCGGAUAUGUUGUUGAUGUUCGAAAUGGGUAUACGCGGAGGUUUAACGCAAGUUAAUCAGCGGUAUGCUCGAGCAAACCACCCAGAUGUCCCCGACUACAACCCCGACUUGCCUCACAAAUACCUUCAGUAUUUGGACGCUACUAAUUUGUACGGGACAGCCAUGAUGGAACCUAUUCCGUUUGGAUAUUUUGAGUGGUCGACGGCAACGCUGGAAGAAGUACUGAACACCCCCGACGACGGUGAUUACGGAUACUUGGUGGAAAUCGAUGCACAUUAUCCUCGUGAAUUGCACGAUUUACACAAUGAUUUACCAUUUUUUCCGGUAAACGAGCGAUCACCGUUGUCGUCUUCGAAACACAGCAAGUUGAUGACCACGUUACAACCAAAACGUGGUUAUAUCGUGCACUACCGCGCACUAAAACUAGCUGUGAAACACGGUGUGAUCGUAACAAAACUGCAUAAAUGUAUAAAAUUUAUGCAAUCCCGCUGGUUGGCACAGAAAAACAUUGGAGAACGUACGGAAACACCAAAACAUACAACUCGUGUGCAACCCGAAGAAACUGUCGAGGCCAUAUUGGAUAUAAGUAAAUGCAUAAUGUACAAGUUCCAUUACGAGGUUAUGAUGCCGUUGUACGGACCCGAGCGACUCCUACUCUGUUACAUGGACACCGAUAGUUUCAUUUAUCUGAUAACGACCAACUGUUUCCACGAUGAUUUGAAAAAGUACUUACUCGAAUAUUUCGACACGUCGAAUUACCCGAUCGAACACCCUUGUUACACCGAUCGACGAAAAAAACAACCGGGCAAGUUUACCGAUGAAUGCAAGGGUAAGCAUAUGCAAGAAAUUAUCGCAUUGUUACCCAAAGUGUACGCUUAUUCAAUCGCUAUACAAAAUUACUACGACAGGUUGUUGGUUACGUGGCAAACGGACGAGGUGAAGCGAUUGAAAGGCAUGAGCAUGGGUGUGGUGAAACAUGAAAUCAAAAUGGUUGACUAUUUGAAUUGCUUGCGUGGUAAACUCAAGCAAACCCGUAGGAAAAUGUCCGUAAUACGCACAAAACACCAUAGUGUUUCGACGGUUGAAAUUAAUAAACUCGCGUUGGUCAACAACAACAACUACGAUAAGCGGGCGUUAAUCGGUGACGAAGGAGAGUACAAGGACGUGUAUACAAAAGCGUGGGGGCAUUAUUCUCUAGUCGAUGACGACGACGAAAAAACAAAUUAA